AUGUGUAUGAGCGCGAGCUGUCCAGACUGUUCCAAGAAGUCGUGGCGCGGCUGCGGGAGACACAUCCCCAGCGCCAUGUCGGGGGUGCCCGAGGAGGAGUGGUGUACGUGCGAGCCCAGGGUCGAGCUCGAGGGCAAGUCGUACCCCAAGGCCGCACGUGUCGCUGCGCCGGGGUUCGUCUCGGGCUUGUUUGGUGGGCUGAUGGGUGGUGGGGGCAAGGAGGAGAAGAAGAAGGACGAGCUGUGA